AUGUUCACUAAGAUUAGAAAGUCUCUUUCAACGGGAGCGACGCUAGAGACCAAAGAAGUGGUAAGUUCGUCUAAUUCUUCAACGGGUUCUUUGUUAAUAGAAAAGACUUUUGUUCCAUUUGCAACACCACUGAGCGAGUCACAUAUUCCACCUCGGGUGGAACUUUCGGAGGAGGAAACCAAAAAGUACUUGGAAGUAUUUAGGCACUUCACUAACCCUGACUUGGUCAUAGACGCCUCGGAGAACGAUCAAAAACACGGGAAGAAAGUCAACUGUACACCUCUCACGGAUGACGAAAAGGCAUGGCUUACAAGAGAAUGUUUACUUAGAUAUUUAAGAGCAACCAAAUGGAUAGUUGCUGAUGCGAAGGAAAGAUUGGAAUUGAGUAUUGCCUGGAGAAGAGAGUUUGGUAUAAACAGAGCAUUCCCUAAAGAUAACACCGUCAACUUCGAAACAUGUUCCAUUGAAAAUGAAACCGGGAAGGAAGUGAUUCUAGGCUUUGAUAAUGAUGCUAGACCAUGUCUUUAUUUAAAGCCCGGAAGGCAAAACACAAAGACCUCUCAACGACAAGUAGAACAUAUGGUUCUUAUGUUGGAGACCGUUAUUGAUUAUAUGCCUUCCGGACAAGAUUCACUUGCAUUACUUAUUGAUUUCAAGGAACAUGAUGUCGGGAUUAAGAACUCAAAAAUUCCUCCAAUGGGUAUUGCCAAACAAGUGUUACAUAUUUUACAAACACAUUAUCCUGAGAGACUAGGUAAGGCACUCUUAACCAAUAUUCCUACCCUUGCGCGAGUGUUUCUAAAUCUUAUUUAUCCCUUCAUAGAUCCUUUGACCCGAGUCAAAUUGGUUUACGAUAGACCAUUUCCUGAGUUUGUACCUGCACAACAAUUGGAUUAUGAUUUUGGUGGAGACGUCAACUUUGAAUAUGACCAUGAAAAAUAUUGGCCCACAAUGAUAGAAAUAGCUACCAAGAAGAAGACCCACUAUAUGUCACGGUUCGAGAAGUUUGGAAAACGCAUCGGUCUUUCGGAAGUUGACUUAAGAAGCGAUAAUGAAGAAUUGGUAUAUCCACCACCAGCAUAA